AUGUCGCUGCCAGCUCCCCAAGGUGUUUCCUCCUCGACUUUCAAACCCCCUCCACUUGAUGGAUCGCUUACGGUCCCCGAAUUAUUCGACUACAACGGUUUCCACAGUCCUAAGCACACCUUAUUUCGAUACGACAGCCUGGACAAUGACGGAUCUCGCGGUAUUACCUGGGAGGAGGGUGUUGCAGCGUUUCAUGUAGCCGGGCAUUAUUUCAAGGAGCAUAUUAACAAUGAAUUUCCAGUUGUCGUCGGUAUCCUAGCUAAUACUGAUUUGAUGACGUACUUUACGGUGCUUGUCGCCCUAAUGCGCCUCGGCAAAAUCCCCUUUCCCAUUUCCUCCCGUAAUUCUGUUGCCGCCAUCAUUCAUCUGAUGAAGUCAACAAACUCCAGGUAUCUCGUCGUUAGCGGAGAUGCUACCCUGCAGACGCUUGCCGAUAUUGUCUGUUGUCAUUUCACGGAAAGUGACGAAAAGAUUAUCACGAUAUCGAUGCCACGCUUCGCCGAUUUAUUUCCAUCCGAGCUGCCCUCAUACCAACCUCUUGCACCGAUCCGUCCUGAAUGGUCACAGACAGCCGUCAUCCUUCAUUCGUCGGGUACGACACGGUUUCCUAGUCCUAUUUGCACCACUCACAAAAUUCUCCUGCAAAAUGUCACCCGACCACAUUACGGGGAAGUCGAUCUAUGCGGAGAAGUGGUAGGAGCCCAGGCGGUUCCAAUGUAUCACACAAUGGGGUUCACAUCUAUCUUGCUUUCUGUCGGAACUGGCGCCAUCAUUGCUUGCUUCCCGCCCGUAGAGCCGCCCAUAAUACCGACACCCGAACGGCUUCUUUCAAGCGUGAUAAAUACCCGAAGCACCAUACUUUUUAGUGUUCCUGCUUUUCUGGAAAACUGGGCUCGAGAUUCUCGAACUAUCGAAGCUCUUAAAUCGACAACUGCGAUUACCUUCGCCGGGGGUCCUCUAGAGAAGACUGCCGGCGAUACUCUUGUCGCGAAUGGCAUUUUCAUAGUAUCCGUCUUUGGUCUAACCGAAUCUGCAGUAUCCAUGGUAUUGCCCAAGAGUAUCCCCGCUGAAGGAUGGGAGUGGAUGAGAGAAAAUGAACUAAAUUGCCCUUCGGUUCUUGACACCGAAAUUGAUGGAGUCAAAGCCUUCGACACGAAAGAUCUAGUGCAGCUACAUCCUUUGAAUCGAACGCUUUUCAAGGUCUAUGGACGAGCUGAUGACCAGAUAAUGCAUAGCACAGGGGAAAAGACGAAUCCUGUACCAAUUGAAGCAGUCCUGAUUACUGACAAGCGCAUUGCCGCAGCCGUCAUGUUCGGCCGUUCGAAGUUCCAACCAGGCGUCCUCAUUCAGCCUACGCCAGACGAAGCCUUUGACCCGGAUGAUGUCAUCCGUUUGGCGGAAUAUCGGUCAAGUAUAUGGGGCUCCAUUAGCAGAGCAAACGAGCAAGCACCCCAACAUUCCCGGAUACACAAGGAGAUGAUCCUUGUGGCGAAACCGACAAAGCCCUUCGAAUUCACGGCGAAGGGAACCCCGCGGCGUACUGCCAUACUGGAAGCUUAUGAGGAACAGAUCGAAAUUUUGUUGAUCAGAUGCUCCCCACCGACGUUAGAUAUCGUGCGGGUCAUUUUCGAACGAGACAUCGGCGACUCCGAUAAUAUCUUCGUAGCAGGAGGCGACAGUUUAACAGCAAUGGCCAUUCGAAACUCUAUCCUUCGUGCACUUCGCGAGUCCGGUGCAGUCCCUGUGACAGCCAUCAGGGCUCUCCCAUACAGUUUUGUGUUCGAUUCACCCUCCGUUGCCACGCUGAGCACAUUCAUCUACGGUUUCGUGCUGGGUGCUCAAGCUACGUCGGCGGCUACUCAAGAUGCGAGCAUUGAACGGCAAAGUGUUUCCUCAAGCAUCGAGCUCCGGCAUGAACAGUCAUUUUCCGAUCAAAGUCAGAGUGUGGUGAGGCUACGAGACGGGAACGGCGAACCGCCUUUGAUCAUCAUCCCUGGUGCUGACGUAUCUUUCUUCGAAUACGCGACCUACGUAGACACGUUCCGGACAGCAGUUUGGACUCUCGCUAUCACACCGGAUACACCCUUAACCUCUCUCCGCGACAUGGCGACCUUCUAUUUCUUCAGGAUCAAAGACGAGAGACCUACCGGUCCCUAUCGUUUAGCGUCGUACUCGUCAACCAGCGUCCUCCUCGUCCUUCUUCUGAAGCUUUUCGAAGACAACGGUGACGAGAUUGUUCAGGCUGUCAUGCUUGACCACUUCCCAGCCAUGUUUGUAUACACAGCCAACAAGCACGGGAACCCUAAUCCCAGACUGCCAGAGAGUAUCGAAACAAUGCUUGAAGCAAACAUGAUUGCCAUUAGGUCCAUGAUGGAUCGGGACGCUCACCGCAAAGAGCGGAUGUGGGAUACUGUCGGUGCAAAUGACCUGGAUAUGGUCCGGCGCUCGGUCCGUAACAUCCGGGCCUAUCUCACUGCGGCUGCCGAGUUUGUGUAUGAUCUGGCGACAGACGAGGAAGGGGCGUCGUCUAUGGAGUUGAUGGUGAAGUGGCUGAGGACGGUGAAAGCGCCUGUGACGGUGGUCGUAGCGGCUCAGGGUGCUGCUUACGGAAUGGAGUGGACGGAUAUGGGCACGAGGCGAUGUCUCCCGGAUGCCCGAGUUGUUUUCGCCGAGGGAGGCCACUACGAGUUUCUGAGUGACAAAGUGGUCAUAGAGCUGCUACAAGAGGGUUAUUGA